AUGAGCAGACGAAACCAGGAACAAAAAGGGGACAUGACAGGCAGUUUGUCAACACCUUUGCGCCAGCUCUCGAUUGCUCCAAGCCAGCUUCCUCAGCAAUGUACUUCUGUGGAUGAUGUUAAAUUAUCUCGUGAUGCGGAAGUAUUCAACCUUUCCGCUGAAUCAGCCUUGAAGAUACUGUGCGCACGCGUGGACAAACUUGCCAAAUCUACCGGUGAUAUCCCCUCAUCGACACCCGUUGGUGAAUUCAUUCCCCAGGACGAAACCUGUACCAACUCUCCUACAGGGAAAAACAGCAACAACAACAACAACCUCCAGACAGAUGCCAACGCGGAGACCGGCAGAGAACAGCGUGAAAUCGAUUCACCAAGGAUAUUGAUAAAGAGCUUUUACAGCAAGCAGAUUUCCUCACUAACCCUGGAAGAGUAUCUUCUCCGACUUCACCGUUACUGCCCGAUGUCAACAGCAGUAUAUUUGGCGACGAGCCAUUACAUUAUAUAUAUGGCAACAGUGGAGAAAAUCAUCUACGUGACGCCGCGUAACAUGCAUCGUCUCAUUUUAGGGGGGCUUCGGGUGGCAUCAAAAAUGAUGGAGGAUCUUUGUUAUCGACACAGGAGGUUUGCUAAGGUUGGGGGAGUGACGGAACGUGAGCUGGCUAGGCUUGAGAUUAACUUUUGCUUCUUGAUGGAUUAUGACUUGAAAGUUGACGUUGAGAUGAUGUUUCGUGAAAUCGAGGCAUAUCGGGAGGGGGCCAGAUAG